AUGGUGAACUGGCCCGCAGAUAUGCCACCAAGGCUUUAUCGAUGGCCUUUCCCUAUGCCGCCAUAUCCGCCAGCACUACUGGACACAACAUUGUUCUCCGCUCUGACCAGACUUGAGCUCAUAGCAGGCCAGAAUGCAAUCAAGUAUGGGAUUAUUUCCCACAGAUGGGAACAGGCCUACGAGCCCGGACACGGACCCGAGAAUGGCAUGGUUGGCUUUUGGUGUGAUGCGCCAGAGCGCAUCGAUUUUAGAAAUCCUAACGACAACGACGCCUCGGAUUACGAUGGCUCGGUAUCCGAGAGCUCAGUUAAUCUGGUCUUCAUUUUGUUCUGA